GUUCUGUGGGACGUGCUGAAGACGGCAAGGCCACUGCAAGCGAUCCUCAGACCGUGGCUGACAGCUGUCACUUCGGGAGAGGUGACUCUCGGCAGCUGACCUUCGCCAGCUUCGGCCCUCGGAACAUCGCCUGCUGUGACCCACUGACUCCAGCCAGCUAAGACGAUGAAAGGAAGUUAUGCUUUUCAUUAAUACGAAUCUAAUAUCAAAGACAGCAACACCAUCCCAGUCCUCCUAGCAGUGCCCCUUUCUCCCGUGCCGGCGAUAAGAUAGGCCUGGGCGGGGCAUAAGUUCAAACCCGCAGCACAGCAGUCACUGGCUGGCGGCAGUCAACUCCGCAACUUCUCGAGCAAGAUGGCGUUGCGUCCCGUCUUGGCGGUGCUAGUAGUGUUGCUGGUGGCGGCCGUGGGCUUCGCUGCAAAGACCCGGGCCUUGGCGGACACCAGAGGUUUCACCCGUGACCUUCCGUGCCCAAAUGAGGUUGAUAUCCUGCCGUGCACGUGCCACACCAAUGUGCUGGGUGAUAUGACAAUGGAUUGCAGUCUCGUCAAGACGAGCGAGGAACUGGAGAGAGUCUUUAACGCAACCUUCCCCUUUAAUGAGUUUUAUGAGCUAAUUAUCGAACACAAUCCCGGUGAUGACAACUACCAACUUACGGAACUCAAAUCGGACAUUUUCCACAACCUCUACUUCGAGAAGGUGAUCAUUACAGGCACGAAGCUUGAAGUGAUUGAAGAAAGUGUCUUCAGCUACUCCUACGACACGCUCAAACAACUAAACCUUCAAGACAACAAGAUAAAUGAUUUUCCCUUCGAGUCCAUGACUUUGUAUGUCAAUCUUGAGAUUCUGGUGCUUGACAAUAACCAGCUACCAACCCUCGAAAAGUUCAUUUCCAAUUCCCUGAAAACCCUCAGUAUGGGUUACAAUGCCAACCUCGCUUUCACCUGGGACGUGUUCGAGAAAAUGCCGAAUCUCGUGAAUCUGAACUUGGAGAGCAUCAACCUCAGGGAUAUUCCACAGCACAUCUUCAGGAACCUCACACAACUGGUCUUCCUGAACUUCAACAACAACGAUCUCAUUGAUCUGGAGGAAGACACCUUUGACUCCGAAAGCAGGAGUCUGGGCCGCCUCCUGCUCGCCAAUAACAGAAUCUAUGACAUCCAGAGGUUUGCCAUUAACGGGAUAAGGGCUGACGCGAUCAUCGACAUGUCCAACAACAGGAUCGAGAAGUUGACGCAGGACAUUUGGCAGCCGAUCAUGAACCAGAUGCUCGACGGUAUCCUGGACCUCACAGGCAACCCUCUGGUUUGUGGCUGCGACAUGAGCUGGCUGUACCUCGACACAUCCUCCGUCAACCCGUCGCAGGUCUACCUUCCCAUCAUCACGGACCACACCACCUGCUACGACGGGACGCAAGUUAAAUUCCUCGACUACCACGUCUUCCAGAAGCACUGCACGUGAGCCGCCUUCAGCACUAUCAUGCGGGACGUCUCCUGGGGCGGCCAGGUCGGUUUUGGGCAGUCUCGGGAAAGCAAAGUGAUCAUGUUCGACGCUCCCUUCCCCCUUGACGGUCGAACCCUCGACUGUCAGCUGGAGUGCCGUCUGUUUGCUGACCGAUCGCCUCUAACGGUCUUGUCGCCGGAGAUGCAGCAUGUGUGAUUGUGCUGCUCUCUCUCUCUCUCUCUCUCUCUCUCUCUCUCUGGCAGGAUUUGUCAUACAUUAAUUAUAUGGUUGAUAGAUUGUCCUUCACCAUAACACACACACACACACACACACACACACACACAUACACACGAGGGCUCAUUUCAAAAUUAUUCGAUGUGCCAAUAUCGUUACUGUUUCGUCAAGUUGGGAUGAAGUAAAUAAACUCCUCUUGUGAC